AUGAAAAGAGCCUGGGAGGAGCAGGCCCCGCCCCCGCCCCGCCAGCAGCAUCAGGUCCAGCCUCCGAUGGCCGGCAGGACCCUGCGAGCCCAGAGUGGGCUCUCAGUGCGCGGGGGGGAGAAGAGGAGCACACAGUCCUUGCCAACACCACGUGUCUCCAGGAAGUCUGCGGAGAGAGCCUACUCGAAGGUCAACUGGAGUAACUCUGAAUCCAAACAGCCCAGCCCAGUGGAUGAGUGGGACCAUGGGCCAAUUGGAAGCUCUUACGAACUGUUCGCGGCCGCCUUGGGCAACCUGGAAUGGUUACAGUUCUGUCUGAACCGGGAUCGUGGGGAAAUCCCUACCGAUAACAAGGGUUUCACUGCCAUCCACUUUGCAGCCCAGAGCGGCAAGCUUGAAUGCCUACAGCUCUUGGUAGAGAAAUACAAGUUUCCUGUGGACCAGCCCACCAACAAUGGCCAGACACCCCUGCACCUUGUCAUCCACAGGGACAACAAGACCAUGGUCCUCCCGUGCAUUCACUAUCUGCUUAAGCACGGGGCGGCCCUCAACACUCAGACAUGCAACGGCUCCACACCCCUGCAUCUGGCAGCCCGUGAGGGCCUGCUGAGCUGUGUGAAGGUCUUGGUAAAGAAUGGUGCUAAUGUCCAUGCCCGAGAUGCCAUGGGCUGCAAGCCCAUCGACUACUGCAGAAUUUGGAACCACCUCAACUGUGCUCGGUUCUUGAAGGAUGCCAUGUGGAAACGAGACAAGAAGGACUUUGCUUGUGAGAUGAAGAAACUGAAGAGGCUCAAGGGCCAGCUGAUCCUCAUGGAGCAGGACUACCUGAUUGAGUAUCAAAAAGAGCACCAAAUUCUGAGAGAAGCUGAUUUCAAGAAGUGGCUCCGUAGCAAGGUGCAGCCCCAAGGCCAAUCCCUGACCUGCAAUACUGAGCUAAAGCCCAGAGCCCCACCACGGGCCAUCACCCUCUCCAAGACCCUCAAGCCUCCCAGGAGCUUUCACCCCUCCCCAGAGGCACUCCUGCAACAGAAACUAGAGCUCACACUGCAGCCAUUCGUGAGAUUCUUACCCACCUACCAGCAGCCCACAAUCAGGCGGCCAGAGUUGUGGAAUCGUAGCAACAACCCUGCCACAUCUCCCACUGCCCAGAUCAGCUACCCACAAGGCAUCCGCCUGGGCGUGCAUCCAGACCCCAGCCUGGAGUACGACUUCCAUGGAUUCAUCAAGGUUAAGUCUGAUGGGCACGGUGGUGCUCGGCUGCAUACGGUGGCUGGCAACCAGGUAGGGCCUGUGCCCCGGCUGCCUUUGGAGGUGAUAAUCCGCGAACUGUAUCCUCUGGUGCGGCCCUACAGGAUGAAGGUGCCCCAGGGCUUUUACUCUGUCAGCAUGAGGAAUGUGGCCCGGAAACGGUAUCUAGGUGACCACACCUUCUGGACUGACACUCUGGCCAUGAGCCUGCGUGAGACAUUUGACAAAGCCUUCCUGGCAACUGUGCAAGCCCAUCAAGGGCUUCCCACUCUGCCUUCUCCCUAA